UUUUUUAUCACAUCGAUCCCAUGGUUCAGUUUUGUAACUGAAAAACUGUUUUUAUUGGAUGUAUCUUGGGUUUACCGAAGAAAAGGAUCGGCUUGUGAACUUGUCUGGCUUUCAUCUGGAUGUUCUCUGGCCAUUGAAAUUACCCUUUGAAAAGAAAUCAUUUUGCUUUUGUAUUCCAAGAGAUAGAUGGGAUAAAGAAUUCUUCAAGCUUCAAGGUGGGUGAUUAUAAUUUGACGGAUUCAUUGAUUUUGGUAAUAUAAUCGGUUUGGGUUUGGGUGUUUUUGAGAUGGGUUCUCCUCAAGGCUCCACGUUAAAGACGAAUAUGGCCGACUUUGUCGAAGGUUCGACCGCUCGCAGUGAUGUUUCCUUGAUUGAUUGUUUACCUGUUUAUGUCAAAGAGCUAAUAGCUGGUGGCGUUGCUGGUGCCAUUGCUAAAACUACCAUUGCACCUUUAGAAAGGAUCAAAAUACUCUUGCAGACAAGGACUGAUGGUUUCCAAUCUCUUGGGGUGUAUCAAUCCUUGAGGAAAGUACUAAAGCAUGAAGGUGUUAUGGGGUUUUAUAAAGGAAACGGGGCGAGUGUUAUUCGGAUCAUUCCUUAUGCAGCCUUACAUUUCAUGACUUACGAGCAGUAUCGAGGUUGGAUGUUAGAUAACUGUACUUUCUUUGGAUCAGGACCUGUUGUAGAUCUGUUAGCUGGCUCUGCUUCUGGAGGAACAGCGGUGUUGUGCACUUAUCCGUUGGACUUGGCUCGCACAAAACUUGCCUAUCAGGUUGUUGACACUAGGACAAAACUCAAUUCUGGUAUGAAAAGUUUAUAUCCUCGACCUGCAUAUAGUGGCAUAAGAGAUGUACUGACAAGUGUUUACAGAGAAGGGGGAUUACGUGGACUAUAUCGAGGUGUAGGUCCAACACUGGCCGGGAUCCUACCUUACGCCGGUUUAAAGUUCUACAUUUAUGAGGUAAUAAAGACGCAUGUUCCCGAAGAACAACAGAAGUCCAUCGUGAUGAAUCUUUCUUGCGGAGCGAUGGCUGGAUUACUUGGGCAGACCUUCACAUACCCAUUAGAUGUCGUAAGGAGACAGAUGCAGGUUGGAAGUCUUCAGUCUUCAACGAUUCCAGGUGACGCAAGAUUUAGAAACACAUACGAUGGGCUUACUACUAUCGUCCAUAAUCAAGGAUGGAGACAAUUGUUUGCAGGAUUGAGCAUUAAUUACAUCAAGAUUGUUCCUUCGGUGGCGAUUGGAUUUGCGGCGUACGAUAUGAUGAAGGUGUGGCUUCGGAUUCCACCCCGACAGAAAUCGCAGAUGGCAUCAUCUGGAUAAACAGAGAUGGAUUUAUAAUGGGCUCAACAGAAAUUCCA